AUGUUCUCAUAUCAAGCGUCGCGCUCCUUACUUGGAGUGGGCAAGCGCCUCAGGGUGUCUGUGCCAUUCCGCUCUCUAUCAUCCCCAACCCAGACUCCGCCGGAGCAAGAGAAGACACCCGUAGCAGACCCAACGCCAACCCCUACACCAGCUGCUCCCGUGGAAGCCUCGCCCAAGCAAGCCACCCCUGCGGCACCCGCUAAAGCAGCCCCUGCUGCUACAACCCCCGCGGCUGACACUGCGACAUCAGCCAAAGAUAACGAAUCCUCCGAACCACGCGUGAAGGAAUGGGCUGAACGGUUAGGAGCAUUCGGCGAGGAAAGCCGACUGCCGCGAAGUGUGCAAGCGAUAUACCUACGGCCGCUCCGGAGGAAGGCAGAACACGGUCUUCCUGUUUGCGAUCUUCAAUUGCGAUCCUACAGUGUCCGCAAUGUCGAGUUCUUCGCAGACUUCGCUAUCCGUGCCGCUUACUACCUCAACCUCCCCGUGUCCGGACCUGUGCCUCUCCCUCGCAUCGUCGAACGCUGGACUGUACCCCGAAGCAACUUUGUGCACAAGAAAAGCCAGGAGAACUUUGAAAGAAUCACCCUUCGCCGACUGAUACAGAUCAAGGAUGGAAACCCGCAAGCCGUGCAAGCCUGGCUUGCUUUCCUCCGGAAGCACGCUUUCUACGGUGUCGGUAUGAAGGCAAAUGUGUGGGAGAAUGAGAGUCUUGAUGUUGCCAGGGAUAUGGAUACCUCUCUUUCCGAGGUCGAAGAGUCUCUUCGUCCUCACCUCGCACAAUUCGGCCAGCGGAAGGACAACUCGGCUCCGGGUACAAUAUUCGACACCCUGGACAGCGAGCGGUUUGCAGAGCGCAAGAACCCAACUGGAGUUCCGCACCUGGGAAAUUACCUUGGAGCCCUCAAUGAAUGGGUGAAACUUCAGCAAAACGCAACCGAAGGAACCAGGCUGUUUUUCUCUAUUGUUGACCUCCAUGCAUUGACGGUGCCGCAAGACGCAGCCGAAUUGAAGAAAUGGAGAAAAGAGGCAUUUGCAACAUUACUUGCCGUGGGGCUGGACCCUAAGCGCUCUACGAUAUUCUACCAGUCUGCCGUACCAGCUCACACAGAAUUAAUGUGGAUUCUAAGCACAGUGGCUUCUAUGGGGUAUCUGUCGCGUAUGACACAGUGGAAGACCAAACUACAGCUGCCAGAAGAUGCCACGCUUGAUGACCAGACAGCACGAGCACAGCUGCGACUUGGACUUUUCUCGUAUCCGGUGCUCCAGGCUGCGGAUAUUCUUAUACACAGAGCGACUCAUGUCCCUGUCGGGGAAGACCAGAGACAGCACCUGGAAUUCUCCAGAUAUACUGCUAACAGUUUCAACCACCUUUAUGGCCCCAUAUUCCCUAUCCCAGAGGCAUUGAUAUCCCCUGCCAAACGGGUGAUGUCCCUUAAGGAACCGACAUCCAAGAUGUCCAAAUCACACGCUGACGAGCGAUCCCGAAUCAUUCUCACCGAUUCCCCAGAUGUCAUCCGCAAGAAGGUCAAGGUUGCCCUGACGGAUUCGGAACCGUCUAUCACAUAUGAACCUGCCCGUCGGCCCGGAGUAUCCAACUUGAUUGAAAUCCUCAGCCACUUUGAGGGUGUAUCAUGCGAGGAUAUUGCCACUGAAUAUCACAGCGCCAGCCUCCGAUCGCUCAAGGAGCAUGUUGGUGACCGAAUUGCCUUCCAUCUUCAGGAGAUUCGAGAGCGAUACGUUGGGCUCAUGGACGACAAGACCGGCUACCUGGAAUCUGUCGCAGAGGAUGGAGCCGAAGCCGCGCGUGCCAACGCCCGGGUGACCAUGAGGCAAAUCCGUGAUGCGAUGGGCCUGUAG